AUGCCUGUCGUGACUUUACCACUGACAUUCUCCAACUCUUUCUGGACUCAAGAUUACCGUCAUGGGCUUGAACACCUAUAUGGAAAGCUUCAGCAGGGCGUCGGCGAGAAUGCAGAAAUUAUUGCCUUCAUCAAAGCCCGUAUCACCGCUGAACGAGGGAUUGCAAGCACUCUCACGAACCCCGCUUUGACCGGCUCUCGAGGUGCCGGUUUUGGCGCCGACGAUGGCGCUUCCUUACUCAUGGCCUUCCGUGGUUUGCAACGCGAGUCCUCUCUGCAGGGCGAGGCGCACUCUACUGUUGCGAAGGACCUAGAGACCCUUGUACUCGAACCUUUCGAAGACUGGGCUGCAGGGCACGGUCACCGAGUGGCCGAAAGUCGGCAGUAUCUGCUCGACAGUGCUGUCAAGUCUUACGAAUAUGCAUCUGGUGAUGUCGCCAAGUUGAAGCAAUUGUAUAUCACGAGGACCAGGGCAGCAGAUGAGGCCGAAGACGACAUUAAGUUCGCUCCAAACAGCGGGAAAGACGACAAGUUCACUGCCUCGCCAACCGGGGCUAUCAAUCGGCAUGCAAGUGUUACAGACCGUAUCCAGCAGAGACUCCGUGAGAAGAUGGGUAGUGCUCCGCUUGCGGAGGUCAAAGAAGACGAGGAGGAGCAGGAACUGCCGUCUCCGCCGAGAUUCACUACUGAGGAGAAGGGCAAAAUGAAGGAGCUACCUGUCGAUACGGAGACACCGAGCCGGCAGAGUACAGUCGUCGUGCCCUUGACGCCAGCCACGCGGCGAAACAACGAGCCUAUACUUCUCGCGGGCAUCGCUUUGCCGCCUGUCGCCGUAUCUGCUCUCCUUGCUCGUGCUCGGGCUGAAUUGCCUAUGCAGACCGUGAAGAUCCCUAUUUUGGGGGAUUAUGAGGAAUGCUUCACUGGCGAGGAUAUCACCAAAUGGUUGCGGGAGAAUGUCGAGGCGUUUGGUGGUAGCUUGGACAGGGCAGAAGAUGCCGCUCGUGAUCUUGGUGAGCGUCUGGGAGUGUGGAGACGCGUUGGUGCCAUUGGGAAUAAAUUUGAGCCGAUAAAGACGGCCUUCUACCAAUUCCGACCCAAGGCAUUUAUGCUCUCAGAGGAACCUGAAGGCGACAGCGUUGUUUCGCCCACGCUGACAUCUGGCGCUAGCAACCUCAUGAAGCGCUCCGGCACUGUCGCUUCCUACAUUUCAUCUGCCUUCGGUCAGCCGAAUGAUCGCUUCCAGACGUUACGGGCCGAGGCAGACAAGGCCGAUCAUGCAUAUGCCACAGCAGUUCGCAACCUUGAAAAGCAGCGCUUGGAUCUGGAGGAAAGGAUCGAACACGGCCUGAAAAUCAUCCAAGGGUGGGAGAUCGAACGCCUUCGUGCCAUCAAGACGGUGUUGCUUCAGUAUCAAGGGACACUGGCGACGCUCUCGCAAGGCUUGCAGACAUCUUUCGAUCGCUCUUCCACCCUCGUCGCCUCCUACAAACCUGAGGCCGACCUCACCGCUAUGAUCGAGCGUUACCGCACUGGUCCUUUCCGACCCUCUGCUCAUGUCUACGAAUCGAUUGCGCACGUCGGACCAGGUAGUGUGUCAUUCGGCAUCGAUCUGGGUAACUGGGCGGGAGAGGGAGGCUGGAAUGCCCUGAGAGGCAGUGACGAUGAAAAUAAGUCAAAGCCGCCAGUUCCCGGUGUUCUGACUGGUCUUCUGGCUGGGCUGGAAGAGGCAUACGGCCGUCUGCCCUCGGAUGAUGAACGCCGCAAAACUUGGAUCUAUGAUGUUCCACUACGCAGUAUCCACCAGCUUCGUGACAGUUUGAUCAGGUUCCUGCCCGACGACGCCCCCCCACUUGACCUGCUGGCACGUUUCGACGCCCCGGUGCUGGCUGGUACUGUGAAGCUGUGGCUUCUCGAGCUGAACCCUCCUCUCGGCUCUUGGGAGGGAUGGGAUGACAUCCGCAAGAUCUAUCCCAACGUAGGUGCCACAGAGCAGGAGGCCGUUAAUGAUCACACAGACGAGUUAAAGCAAGCUCUGGGUCACCUGCCGAAAGUUUACCUGCAGACACUCGAUGCCCUCAUAAGGCAUUUAAGGAACUUGAUCGUUAACACCGAGACCGCAGAGGCUGAUGAUGUCUACAAGACGAAGUUGGCGUUGACCCUUGGACGAUCCAUUCUGAGACCGAAGCACGAGAACGAACUAUCGAUCCAAGAUCGUCAUCCUACCCUGUUCUUCAUUGAUGUGCUAGAUCAUUACGCAGAGCUCCUUCCUCCUGUUAUUGCAAAGAAGCAGCGAGAGUCUGUCAUCCGUGCCAUGCCCAUGCGCAAGAGGACGGCUCCGAUAGAUCAGCGUCUGUCUCGCAGUAGCAUGACGGGGAGCGAAGAUGUCCAGAAACUACUCGCAGCCCAACUGAACAUGCGUAAUCCUCGAUCCAGGCCCUCCAGUCCUGUGCGAGGCGAUCAUCCCCCUAUCUCUUGGGCUGCUGGAGAGGAGGAAGACCCCAAGAUAAAGCCAGGUGAGACGCACGAGCAUCCGGAAGAACCGACAACUGCGAAGGAGCUUGAGCACGAGCCGAUCCACGAGGAGCUGGACCUUACACUACAUAUCGCAGCACCUAUCAUUUCUAUUGAGCAACCCAGUCCUGCCGUCGGUCCCAGGGAAAUAGACAAUGAGCUACCAGCUCCUGUUGUGGAAACAACCCAUGAAACUGCACCUGCAGUCGUUCCAGCCCUGGAUGACGAAGACCAACCCAUCUCUCGCGGGUCAAGCGGAUUGACAAGAAACACAUCGGGCGAGCUUUCCCGUCGCGGUGUGCGGGCCCGUGGUCCUCGUGUUGCCGGUGGGAGAAGAAUGGUCUCAUCUGAGCAAGUUCCAUCCUCAGAAGCUGCCCACCCUCACGGUCCGAUCGACGCGAACGAAUACGUGCCGCGCAAGAAAGGUGGGCGCGGUGCAGCUGGUUUGUUCGCCAAGCGGGAUGGAAAGGGCGGGAUGAGCGGGGACGAAGGGGAAGAAAGUGGUUAAGAGCGAGUUCGAAACGGUUCCCAUUCUAAUAUAUCGGCGACAGGAAAAUAUCCAGAGGACGCUCGCUUAUUUUUUUCUCGCUACUAUAGUUGCUAUCGAAUUUUAUGCUGGAUAUAAACC